CUCGGACUUCCGGUCCCAGGGUCCCCGCCUGCAGUUCAAACUGGAAAAUGGCGGGGGCUUCUGAGUCAGUGGCUGUCGCCCCUUCGCAGGACCAAGAGAUAGUGGCCGGGACAGACAGCCAGACCGCAGUCCCAGCCAACCCCCGAGAGGACUUCCGAGUGCGUUGCACUUCGAAGAGAGCUGUGACGGAACUGGUAGAAUUGUGCCGCCGUUUCGUGCAAAAGCUCGGAGACGCGCUGCCAGAGGAGAUUCGGGAGCUCGCGCUGCGAGAUGCGCAGUGGACCUUUGAAUCAGCUGUGCAAGAGAAUGUCAGCAUUAAUGGGCAAGCAUGGCAGGAAGCUUCAGAUAAUUGUUUUAUGGAUUCUGACAUCAAAGUACUUGAAGAUCAGUUUGAUGAAGUCAUAGUAGAUAUAGCAACAAAACGUAAGCAGUAUCCCAGAAAGAUCCUUGAAUGUGUCAUCAAAACCUUAAAGGCACAACAUGAAGCUCUGAAACAGUACCAACCUGUUGUACCUCCAUUGGAUCUAAAAUAUGACCCUGAUUCAGAUUCUCGCAUGGAAAGUCUGAAAUGCAGAGGGGAAACCAUAGCUAAGGUGAUCAGUGAAGCCGUCAAGGCUUUGCCUUCAUUGAUUGAACAAGGAGAUGGAUUUUCCCAAGUUUUGAAGAUGCAACCUAUUAUUCAGCUCCAGAGGAUCCACCAAGAAAUCUUUUCCAGUUGUAGAAAACCAGAUGCUAAACCCGAGAGCUUUAUAACACAAAUAGAAACCACACCAAUGGAGACUGCUCCCAGGAAAACCUCUGAUAUGGUACUGAAAAGAAAGCGAACUAAAGACUGCCCCCAGAGAAAAUGGUAUCCACUGCGGCCAAAGAGAAUUAAUCUGGAUUCAUAAGCUCUUUUGUUUGAGACUAUAGGUGCUGUCAGUGUUUAGAUUACCAUCUACUACUUAGACAGGACUUUAUUUAACCAACAAAUAAUUCUUACUAGUGAGUCAUUGAUACAAACAUAGUAAGUCUGUGCUGGGAUAUGAUAUAAUAUUGUGUUUCUUAUCAUUUCAUUUCAUGUAUACUAGGUGAAAAGUGUUUUUAGGUUGGGUUUUAUUUUUGUUGGUGGUGGUUUUGGGGGGUCUUUGUUUUGUUUUGUUUGAAGUUGGCACAAAUCACAUCAGUGGACAUUAAGAGUGCAAAUUUUUUACUUUCCUUAAAUGCCAUCAACUCUUGGCUGCCUUGCUGCUUUUGAGGAAUUGUAUAAGUAAUGUAUUCUAUUGAUUUCCUUGAUGUAUAUCUUUCCUUAAAACAAGAGGGGGAGGCUGUGUGAUGAUUCAUUCAGUGCUGAAAACAAAUCAGUUCUAUACAGGAGCAGAUGCAUUUUUUUAUAUGUAGGAUUUUAUUUGUUUGGAGUGCUGGGGUUGGGACCCAAGGCCUUGUGCAUGCCACACCUGUGCUCUACCUCUCAGCUAGAGUUGCAUAUCAACUUAAUGUGCAAAUGACAAUACUGGCUUUGAAUUUGUUAUUCUGAAAUCAGUUAAUUUGUAUUUGUGGGAUUAAUUUUAGGCUUUUUUGGGGUUUGCUUCAAAAGACAAAGAUGGCUAUUAUUUGUGCAAGAAUUAUUAUUCAGAAUGAACAUUGGCAAGUAGCCAGUGUUUCUGGCCUAUAAUUUUAUUUUUCAUGAAUAUUUAACAUAAUUUGACUUGGAAACUAAUAAUUUUUUUCUUAGGAUUCCUCAUUUCUUUCUUUUUCUUUAGUGUUUUUUUUUUUUUUUUUUUGGUUGUAGUUGGACACAGUAUCUUUAUUUUUAUGUGGUGCUGAGGAUCGAACCCAGUGCCUCACACGUGCGAGGCGGGCACUCUACCACUGAGCUACAGCCCCAGCCCUCAUUUAUUUCAUUAUACAUAAAUUCUUUCAGCUCAAAGUAUAUAUCAGAUUAACUGGCAAAUUUUCAUUAUACAACAAAUGCAAUAAUACUGAACAAUUUUACAUUUAAGGAUAUUUGUAAGUCAAAUAGAUAAUCAUUGAUGGAAGCCUGAGAAAAUGUAUUACAUAUAUUUCUAACAUUUAACUACAGUUUCCUAUAGCACUUUUGGUUCCUCUUAUAAUAUGCAAAGUAGGCAGGACCAUAUAACUUACCAUGUUUCCCUUUUGAUAUGUAUACUACUUUUCUCCACUUCCAAAGGAAUUUACUAAUCAUGGCUUAGAUUUUUUUAUAUAUUUGUUGCUCAUAAUAUCUUAAUAAUCAUAAAUGUCUAGAUUUGUGAAGCCUGUUUCCGUGAAGAAAACUUAUAAAGUCACUUUAUUGCAUUUUUACAUUCUAUGUUUUAAUGUUACAGUUCCAUAUCUGUAUAUUUGUAUAUAAUGUUUUUAAUUAACAUAAUGUACAAAGACUGACUUUGAUACUAUGUAUUUUUAAGAGUUUUCAGUGGGUGUUCUUGAGCUCAGCUUUAGUUGAAUUGCAGGUCAGCACCUUGCAUUUCAGAACAUAUUAAACUUCACUUUAAAAUUG